GUGUGUGUGUGUGUGUAUUGCGUGAGAAUCCAAUCCAAUGUGACAUUAUAACCAAAACUUGUUUGAACACUCGAAUCCAACGGUGUAUUUUACGGUUUGUUCGGCCCAUGUGAUUAUCAUAAUCUUCGAAUUUCUUUUUUUUAUUUUCCUUGCUUGGUUUGUAAUAUAAUUUAUUAAUUCAAAAUUUCCGAUAAAAAUAAUAUGGACAGUUCGAUCAUGGAUAAUCCUAUUAAUUCGUUGAACGGGCUAAAUAUUUCAUCCACAAAUAAAAGUCCAUUUCAAUCACCAUUUUUACAAGUGGAUCCAACCAUUUUUCGUUCACCCGAUGUGAUUUCAUCCGAAUUUAUAUUUCCUGAUGGUGGUACCAAACCAAGCCGUGGACGUUUCGAAAUGGCUUUUUCACAAAUUGGUGGCUCAAUUAUGACCGGUGCUGUGAUCGGUGGUGCCAUUGGAACAUUUAAAGGCUUGAAAGAAGUAGCUCAAAUGAACGAAUCUUUUGCAAUCAAACGUAGUCAUAUGUUAAAUUUUAUUACACGUAACGGUGCCUCAAUCGCAAAUACAUUUGGCAGUAUCACUUUGGUAUAUUCAGCUAUUGGUGUUGGCCUUAGUUUUGUACAGGAUGAAAAUGAUGAUAUUAAUACAAUGAUUGCGGCAACAACAACCGGUACAUUAUAUGGUGCUAUAAGCCGAUCAAAAGCAAUGGAUAAUGUACAAGGUUCAUUAUUGACACGAAUGCGUUUGAAACGGGCUGGAUUUGGUCUUACAUUCGGUCUAUUAGCUGGUGCCGCAUUGAUUAUUCUACUUAAUCCAGAUAGUAAAAUGAUUUCACAAUUAAAACAUCGUUAAAAUCAUAUAUAAUAUAUUUAUUUUCAGGAAAUAUAUAAAAAAAAUUCACAUUACAAUCAAAAACAUGAUGAAA